UCAUUAUCUCUCGCCCGUUGUCUCUAGGUGAAGUAGCGCCGCCAGACUGAAGCAGGUGUCCAACAUGGCGAUCACGGGGAACGGAUCUCUCCCUACAUCUCUGGCUUUAUUCUUGGUUUCGGCAGCUUUUCUUCUCAAAGGAGCUGCGCAGAACAUCCCAGUGCAAGGUCAGAAUCUGGUGACGGAUAAUGUCUCUGUAGUGGAGGGGGAAGUGGCUACCAUCAGCUGCAGAGUCAAAAACAACGACGACUCUGUCAUUCAGCUUCUCAACCCCAACAGACAAACCAUUUACUUCAGGGACGUAAGACCCCUGAAGGACAGCCGGUUUCAGCUGGUGAACUUCUCAGACAAUGAGCUACGAGUGUCGUUGUCCAACGUGUCCCUCUCUGAUGAAGGGAGAUAUGUGUGCCAGCUCUACACUGACCCCCCACAGGAAGCCUAUGCUGAUUUAACAGUGCUGGUCCCGCCAGGCAACCCCAUCAUCGAGUCCCGGGAGGACAUCGUCAGCGAAGGGAAUGAGACGGAGAUCAUCUGCUCUGCCAUCGGAAGCAAGCCCGCCUCCAAAAUCAGAUGGAUGAAGGGAGGCAAAGAACUGCAAGGCGAAUCAGUGGUGGAGGAAAUGGAGGACAAGAUGUUCACCGUGACAAGUACUCUGACACUCACUGUCAGCAAGGAGGAUGACGGAGUCCCCAUCAUCUGCAUGCUCGACCACCCUGCAGUCAAAGACUUCCAAGCACAGAAGUAUUUAGAAGUGCUGUAUAAACCGGAAGUGAAAAUCAUCGUGGGCUUCCCUGAAGGGCUGACAAGAGAAGGGGAAAAUCUAGAACUGACCUGCAAAGCUGAUGGCAAACCAAAGCCACAGCGCAUUAACUGGAUGAAAGUUGAUGAUGAUGUCCCAGCCCAUGCGGUCAUCACUGGCGCGGACUUGUAUAUCGAAAACCUGAACAAGUCUUUCAAUGGGACAUACCGCUGCAUUGCGUCAAAUUCAGUGGGAGAGUCCUACGAUGACUACAUCCUCUAUGUAUAUGAUGCUCGCACAACUACCCCUUUACCCACAACAACCUUCACCACCUCUACCACAACCACCACCACCACCAUCAUUCCAGCUACUGCCGAAGACACCGCGCUGACUACAGAACCUGCAGCUCACGAUUCAAGAGCAGGUGAAGGAGUGCCCAGAACAGUUGACCAUGCUGUCAUAGGAGGAGUUGUAGCUGUUGUUGUUUUUGCUAUGCUGUGCCUGCUCAUCAUUCUGGGACGAUACUUCGCAAGACACAAAGGUAAGUGUUGCAUUGCUUCAGCAUGCUGUGUGACAUUCACAGACUGGAUAUGUCAAGUCUGAUUACUAGACAUACAU